AUGACUGCUGAAAUCGAUCACGAAGCUCAACAACCUGUUGACUCUUACGACCCAAAAUUAGAUAGCUCUAUUACUGCUUCUCCAUUAAAAAACCAUUUAAUCGCUUUCUUAGGUGAAUUCUUUGGUACUUUCAUCUUUUUAUGGACCGCUUUUGUCAUUGCUCAAAUUGCUAAUCAAGAUCCAAAUAUUCCAAAAGCUGGUCAUGGUUCCGAACCACAACAAUUAAUCAUGAUUUCUUUUGGUUUCGGUUUUGGUGUUAUGAUGGCUGUCUUUAUGUUCUACAGAGUCUCUGGAGGUAACUUAAACCCUGCUGUUACUUUAACUUUAGUUUUAGCUCAAGCUAUUCCACCAGUUAGAGGUGCUAUUAUGAUUCUUGCUCAAAUGGUUGCUGGUAUGGCUGCUGCUGGUGCCGCUUCUGCUAUGACUCCAGGUCCAAUUGCUUUCGCCAAUUCUUUAGGUGGUGGUGCUUCUAAAUCUCAAGGUGUUUUCAUUGAAGCUUUCGGUACUACCAUUUUAUGUUUAACUGUCUUAUUAAUGGCUGUUGAAAAACAUAAAGCUACUUUCAUUGCUCCAUUUGCCAUUGGUAUUGCUCUUUUCUUAGGACAUUUGAUCUGUGUUUAUUACACUGGUGCUGGUUUAAAUCCAGCCAGAUCUUUCGGUCCAUGUGUUGCUUCCAGAUCAUUCCCAGAUUAUCACUGGAUUUACUGGGUUGGUCCAAUCUUAGGUUCAGUUAUCUCUUUUGGUAUCUGGAAAAUCCUUAAAGUUUUAAACUAUGAAACUUGUAACCCAGGUCAAGAUGCUGAUCAUUAA